CCGGACACAACGAACAAAUCUCACGGCGAUGGAGGCAUGUCAUUCUUCUCCUUCGUUCGUACAGUCAACGGCACCGUCCUCACUCGUGACCCUCGCCUCCAGUGCCAGCCAUGGACCGUGACAUUCGAGACUUCCUCACAACCUAUCAAUACCAGCCGCUAAAUCGAGACAAUGGAGACAUAAGACUCCUGCACCUGCUCCCAGCGAAGGACGAUACCUCGCCAAUCCGGUGUAGACUGAAGCAUGCUCCCCUCGAAAAUCAAAAUACGACAGUAUACGAGGCGCUCUCAUACACCUGGGGCAGCAGCGAACGCACCGCGUCGAUUCAUGUCGAAGACCGAGAGUUCCGUGUCACCCACAACCUCGCACAAGCACUGAAGGCUCUUCGCCAGCCCGAGUCCACGCGGACACUAUGGAUAGAUGCCAUCUGCAUCAACCAAGAGGACAACGAGGAGCGGGCUGCGGAGGUUCUUCGAAUGCUGCGCAUCUACCAGAAUGCCACCGGCGUCGUCGUUUGGCUUGGCCCAGGCAGUGACAGCAGCAAGAUUGCUGUGCAGCACAUUCGGUUUCUCGAGGCAGAGUAUCUGGCCCAACAACAACCGUCCUGGCUGCUCGCUUCUCUUCCAGUGCUCAAUCGGGCGGUGGCGCUUGGAUACGCCGUGGUGUCGCCGGCAAUACGACUCUAUUUCACCACAGCCUGGCUGACCCUCGCUUGGUCCGGCUGGCUGAGCUCGCUUCCCUACUUCGCGUUGCGAGCCAUCAUGCACACGGUCACCUUCCUGGCAGCCAGCAAACUUUUGAUCACUGUCUUCUGCUCCUACCAUGCAUUUAUGCGACAUCUCGCCAACGUGAUGACUAGGCCAUCGCCAGAGGCGGCCCAGUCGUUGAGGGACUUCUUUGGGCACCGCUGGUUCCACCGUGCUUGGAUCAUUCAAGAGGUAGCUGCGGCCCAAAAAGUCACGCUGCUGUGUGGCUCCAACCAGUUAACAUGGCGGACACUGUGUCGCGCCGUGAGCGCGAUGCAGGAGCGGAGCGACCGUACACAUGCGGGCAGACUGGCUCUUAUCCCUGCUUGGGACUUUCAGGUACACCGACGCGACCGACAGCCGUGA